CAGACUUGAGGUGUCGUGAGUGACAGAGGACGUACUGAUUCCACGAACCAGCCAUCUGCUCAACAUGCAGCCUACGAGGUAUCUUCUCAAGCGCUCCGUGUGGAAGGGUCCCAACAUUGUACCUCUCCCCAUCGUGCGCCCACAACCCGGAAAGCGAACCCCCCCCAUUAGGACGCAGGCCCGUUCAGCAACCAUCCUGCCCAACUUCGUCGGCCUCAGGUUCCAUGUCUACAACGGCAAAGACUACCAUGAAGUAACCAUCACCGAAGAGAUGGUCGGCCAUAAACUCGGCGAGUUCUCACCGACGAGGAAGCCUUUCAUCUGGUCGAGGGCCUAAAUCACUUGGGGGAGUUUACACAUACACUACAAUGGCGUCCAUGGGUAUAUGCGAAAAAUCAGGCCAGCUCGGCAUGUUGUACAAUGCUACUAAUGUGUAUCAUAUUAAAAGGCUAGCUCCGUUCUUAUUUCACAUGUUUUGCCC